UCGAAGUCGUAGUGUCGAACAUUGCAUCAGGUUGCGGUUCAUCUGAUUUUGAGGUGACUAACGGUGUUAUUACUGUUACCUAUUUUACUUUAAACUAGCUGCCUAAAUGAUCGUGCUUUUUUUCACCAUCGUUCCGUGAAAGUUGAGAACUGUUGCGUAUUUCGAAUUACAGCUUUAGAAACUAGAAAGCGUGAAUUUCGCCGUUGUUUUAUUUUCCUACGAUAGUUUACAGAAAAAUGGACGAUUCGCCGAUGAAUGUACAAAAUUUGGCUGAAAACUCGAUAUACGUUCAACUACGAGUACUCGAAUGGGCCUCAGGACCAUCAAUGGUCGAACUCCAUGAUCACUGUAUUAUGAUGGGAAAAUUCAUGGCUGAUUGCGCGGGUAAUCCGACAUAUCCGUAUUAUUAUAGUGAUGAUAGUACUACUAGUAGUGAUGAUAGUACUAGUAGUGAUGAUAGUACUAGUAGUGAUGAUAGUACCAGCAGUGAUUCUAGUACCAGUAGUGAUUCUAGCACCAGUAGUGAUUCUAGUACUAGUAGUGAUUCUAGUACUAGUAGUGAUUCUAGUACUAGUAGUGAUUCUAGUACUAGUAGUGAUUCUAGUACUAGUAGUGAUUCUAGUACUAGUAGUGAUUCUAGUACUAGUAGUGAUUCUAGCACCAGUAGUGAUUCUAGCACCAGUAGUGAUUCUAGCCCUAGUAGUGAUUCUAGUACAAGUGAAGAAAUUAGUGACGAUAGCAGUGAUGGUAGUAGUGAUGAUAUUAGCGAUGAUAGCAGUACUGAUUGUAGUGAUGAAAGCAGUGACGAUACUAGUGACGAUAGUGAUUAUGAUAGUGACUGAAGUAGUGAAAAAAUCAUCGGUGGUAUUAGAUAUUAGCAUUUGAAGUACCUAUUUUUAAAUAGGUAUUAAUUUUGAUGAACGUUGAACAUUUUUUUCAUUUUUUUUUUGUUUGCACAUUAAGUAUUUUAAGGCUAUUAUUUUGUUUUAAAAUUGAAUCACCUACAUAGGUAGGUAUUUGAAAAUUAUUCUUAAAUAAGUCGUAUUUGAUUUGCCUGUUUGUUUUCAUACUUAUUUUUUUACCUAAAUUUUAACUUAAUUAGGUAUAUAUGUACCUAAGUUUAAAUAUUUUGAGUACGGAUCCAGUACGAGAUGAUUGAUUUAUACCUACCUUAAGUACCUACCUAUGCUUCCACAAUCAUAUUAAUAUGCAUUUUAAUUAGAAUUUACGAUUUUUUUCUUUCUUUUGAAAUAUUUUUGUAAUCAAAUUUGGAAUUGACUUAUUUUUUUAUGUGAAACAGA